CGCUAACAAAAAUCCUCAUAAACAGAAAAAUGGAAGAACUGAAGAAACACAAGGAGAGAAGAGAUCAGAAGAGACUUGCACACUCUUCGUAACCUUUUUUUUCUUCACGAUCUGCGCUCUCUCAUCACAAACACUUCUCAAUUCACAAUUCAUCACAACCCGAAACCCUAGAAACCCCUCAUUCCUCACUCCACAGAUCUCCAAUUUCUCUCUCUACACACAUUUAUAUCUAUAUCUGUGAUUCUGUAUAUCUGUCUUUUGGGAUUUGACUAUGGCGUGCAUAAAAGGGGUGAACAGAUCGGCGUCGGUGGCGUUUGCGCCGGACGCACAGUAUCUGGCGGCGGGGACGAUGGCCGGGGCGGUGGAUCUGUCGUUCAGUUCGUCAGCAAAUCUUGAAAUAUUUAAGCUCGAUUUCCAGUCUGAUGAUCGGGAGCUUCCACUGGUUGGUGCGUCGCCGAGUUCGGAGCGAUUCAAUCGGUUGUCUUGGGGUAGGAGUCCGUCGGGCUCUGAUGAAUUCUCUCUCGGUCUCAUCGCCGGCGGACUAGUUGACGGCAACAUUGGUCUUUGGAAUCCUCUUCAUCUGAUUAAUCCUGAGGCAACUGAAACUGCUCUUGUUGGACAUCUUUCGAGGCAUAAAGGGCCUGUUCGUGGUCUGGAAUUUAACUCUGUUUCACCAAACCAUCUUGCUUCUGGCGCUGAUGAAGGCGAAAUUUGUAUAUGGGAUGUGGUCAAACCAGCUGAACCUACUCAUUUUCCUCCUCUAAAGAGUAGUGGAUCUGCUACUCAAGGAGAAAUUUCGUUUUUAUCUUGGAACAGCAAGGUUCAACAUAUAUUAGCAUCGACUUCAACUAAUGGGACGACUGUGGUUUGGGACCUAAAGAAGCAAAAGCCAGUGAUAAGUUUUGCAGAUUCAAUUAGAAGGAGGUGCUCUGUUUUGCAGUGGCAUCCUGAUGUUGCCACUCAGCUUAUUGUUGCUUCAGACGAAGACAGUUCCCCUUCUCUGAGGCUCUGGGACAUGCGGAAUGUAAUGUCACCGGUGAGAGAGUUUGUGGGCCACACUAAAGGUGUAAUUGCUAUGUCAUGGUGUCCCAUUGACAGCUCCUAUUUGCUUACCUGUGCCAAAGACAAUCGUACUAUCUGCUGGGACAUACUUUCUGGAGAGAUAGUCACUGAAUUGCCAGCCGGAACCAACUGGAAUUUUGAUGUACACUGGUAUCCAAGGAUACCAGGGGUCAUAUCAGCAUCUUCAUUUGAUGGAAAAAUUGGCAUUUAUAAUAUUGAGGGUUGCAGCCGAUUUGGUACAGGGGAGGGUGAUUUUGGUGCAGCACCUUUGAGGGCCCCAAAAUGGUAUAAACGUAAAGCAGGGGUCUCUUUCGGUUUUGGAGGCAAGCUUGUUUCAUUUUGCUCAGCAGAUAGUCCAUCCGGAGCUUCAGAGGUUUAUGUGCACAACUUAGUUACAGAACACAGUUUGGUGAGUCGCUCUUCUGAAUUUGAAGCAGCAAUACAAAAUGGGGAGAGAUCUUUACUAAGGACUUUAUGUGACAAAAAAUAUGAAGAGUCCGAGUGUGAGGAUGACAAAGAAACAUGGGGCUUCUUGAAGGUUAUGUUUGAAGAUGAUGGAGCAGCAAGGACAAAGCUGCUUAACCACCUUGGUUUCAGUUUACCCACUGAAGAUAAAGAAACUGUACAAAAUGAUCUCUCUCAGGACACAAGUGCUCUUGGUCUCGAAGGAGCGGUAGCAGAUAAUGAAGGAUAUGCACAGGAGAAAGAAACCACCCUCUUCCCUUCUGAUAACGGAGAAGAUUUCUUUAACAAUCUUCCAAGUCCUAAAGCUGAUACACCUGUGUCAACUUCUUCAAAUAAUAUUGAUGUUGAAGGUUCUGUUCCUAGUGGGGAAGAAAUGCAAAAAGAAAUGGGUGGACAAGAGGAGAGUGCUGAUCCAUCAUUUGAUGAGGCCGUUCAACGAGCUUUGGUUGUUGGGGAUUACAAAGGGGCCGUUGCACAGUGCAUAUCUGCAAAUAAAAUAGCUGAUGCUUUAGUUAUUGCCCAUGUUGGUGGUGCUUCCUUGUGGGAGAGUGCGCGUGAUCAGUACCUUAAGAUGAGCCGUUCUCCUUAUCUUAAGGUUGUUUCUGCAAUGGUGAACAAUGACCUCAUGAGCCUAGUAAACACCAGGCCUCUGAAGUCCUGGAAAGAAACACUUGCUCUUCUUUGCACUUUUGCACAAAGAGAGGAAUGGACUUUGCUCUGUGACACACUUGCUUCUAGACUCAUGGGUGUUGGUAAUACACUAGCUGCAACUUUAUGUUAUAUAUGUUCUGGAAAUAUUGACAAAACAGUGGAAAUUUGGUCUCGAAGUCUGGCAACUGAGCAUGAGGGGAAAUCAUAUGUUGAUAUUCUUCAGGAUUUAAUGGAAAAGACUAUUGUCCUUGCUUUGGCAACUGGACAGAAGCAAUUUAGUGCUUCUUUGUGCAAGCUUGUUGAGAAAUAUGCUGAAAUAUUAGCAAGUCAAGGACUUUUAACAACAGCUAUGGAAUAUUUGAAGCUUUUGGGUACUGAGGAACUGUCUCCUGAACUUACGAUCUUACGGGAUCGUAUUGCUCUUUCUGCAGUGCCUGAAAAAGAAGAGCCCAAGUCUAUGACUUUUGAAAACCCUCAAUUGCAAACAGGACCUGUAUAUAGUGCUGAUCAAUCCGGUUUUGGUGUGGUUGAGACCUCUCAACAGUAUUAUCAGGAAACAGUGCCAUCGCAACUGCAACCAAGCAUUCCUGGAAGUACUUAUGGUGAAAAUUACCAACAAUCAUUUGGUUCUUCUUAUGGCCGAGGAUAUGGUGGUGCUCCUGCACCAUAUCAGCCUGCACCACAGCCUCAUAUGUUUCUUCCAUCCCAAGCACCUCAGGUUCCACAGCCAAAUUUUGCUACACCUGUUACUACACAGCCUGCAGCAAAACCCUUCAUUCCUGCAACUCCUCCUACGUUGAAAAAUGUGGAGCAAUAUCAGCAGCCCACAUUGGGUUCUCAGUUAUAUCCUGGGACUUCUAACCCUGGUUAUCAAGCUGGACCUCCUGCAACUGGUCCACUUGGCCCAAUCACCUCUCAACCUGGUCCAGUUCCUGGGCAUAAGAUGCCUCAAGCUAUGGCUCCAACCCCAGGGCCUAGGGGAUUUAUGCCAAUUACUAAUUCAGGAAUUCAAAGACCUGGAAUGGGUCCAGUGCAACCGCCAAGUCCUACUCAGUCAGCACCAGUGCAACCAGCCAUAACUCCUGCAGCUCCACCGCCUACAGUACAAACAGUCGAUACUUCAAAUGUACCGGCGCAGCAAAGACCUGUUAUUACAACUUUGAUGAGACUUUUUAAUGAGACAUCAGAGGCAGUGGGUGGUUUGCGUGCAAAUCCUGCCAAGAAGCGGGAAAUAGAGGACAAUUCUAGGAAAAUAGGUGCCUUGUUUGCUAAAUUGAAUAGUGGGGACAUCUCUAAGAAUGCUGCUGAAAAGCUUGUACAGCUUUGCCAGGCUUUGGACAAUGGUGAUUUCAGUACUGCUCUCCAAAUCCAGGUCCUCCUUACCACUAGUGACUGGGACGAGUGCAAUUUCUGGCUAGCGACUCUCAAACGAAUGAUCAAGACUAGGCAGAAUGUGAGAUAAAUUAGACCCCAGCAUCUCAAACGCGGUUUUCAAUUCUUAGGUGUCCGGCCUUAUUUCAGGGCGCUGAUCCCUUUUUCAAUGUACACAAGAGCUGACAUCUAUAGAUUGGAUGGCAGGCUUUUGAUUAAUUGUUCCUUCCCUCUUCUCCAGCAUCAUCUAUUUUGGCUUUAUUUUCAUGUGUUUUUUUCUUUUUCUUUUUUUAGAAAGCAAUUAGAGAAUAUAUAUAUAGUUCUCAGCACGUCAGUGGACUUCAGCUGAUUGCAUUUCAUUUAUAUUUUAGGUUUGGAAAAUAGAGUUUGGUUUUAAAUUGAUUUUGUACUUCAUCCAUAAUUUUGUUUACGGUCCAGUCUAUGAGCUGUUUUGAGCGAUAGCUUCUGAAAGUUUGCCCCCAGAUUUGGUGUUUGCAAGGCCAUAAAUUUGUACUUUAUAUCAAUGGUGAAAAUUCAGUUAGAUGAAUUUUAGUUUUUCUG